GAGGCACGAUUUCUAGCGCCAGUUCCACAUCACCUUCCUCUCUAUCCAUCCCUCUGCUCUGCUGGGGGUACCUUUCCUUUUGUUAUUUUGUUUGCUUGGUGUAUUUUUGGGAUGUGCAGCUAGCGAUUUCACGCGAAGAGGAAAUUCCCAUUCCCUUUUCAUUCUUUCUUCUUCUUCUUCUUCUUCGCAUCGUCGCUCUCGGACAGAUAGGAGGAGCGUGCCGUGCCGCUGCUAUAAAGUAUUCCCUUCCUUGUCUUAGAAAAAGAGAGAUCUAUCUGCAACGCGCGGUGCCGCUAGACACCACCGGCUCUGUGCCUCUGUGAGCAAUAUAUAAAUGCUCAGAGGGCCUCCCUGAUCCCCAAAUGUCCCUCCUUGGCCCCUCCUCCUCCCCUCCUGCAUCCUUAAACCCCCCAUAAGCCUUCUUCUCCUUUCUCCCUCUCUCUCCGGGAGACAGGAAAAACGCAGUCAGUAUAAACAGCGCCGUGCAUCUGCCAUUGCUGGAGUCGAUCGAUCAAGGUCCCGGACGCAGAUUCAUAGCUCCAGCAUCGUGGUCUCCCCUUGCUCAAAGUGCCGCCCCAGCAGGGAAAAAGGGAUAGCAGAACAAGGAAGGAGAUGAUGAUGAUGACAGAAGUGGCCAAUCACAGCAAAAGGGAUCACACCGACAGCUACUUCAGUGGGAAGGCCGGCAUGGCCACCAGCGGCAGCGGCAGCGGCUCGGAGGAGUUCGGCAGCAUGGGGUCAAAGAAGCCGAGGAACAGCAGCCCGAGGAGCGGCGCUCCCAUAUCCCCCAAGGAGAAGAAGGACAAGGUUGGCGAGAGAGUGGCGGCGCUCCAGCAGCUGGUGUCACCAUAUGGGAAGACGGACACGGCUUCCGUUCUUCAGGAGGCCUCCGGCUACAUCAAGUUCUUGCACAAGCAGCUGGAGACUCUUAGCUCCCCGUACAUGCGCGCUCCUCCGGCGCCCGGUGCUGCGCCUGAGGAUCCCGAGCACUACAGCCUGCGGAACCGCGGGUUGUGCCUGGUGCCGGUGGACCAGACGCUGCAGCUGACGCAAGACAACGGGGCCGACCUCUGGGCGCCGGCCAACACCGCCAGGCGCAGGUGAAGAAGCGAAGCCAAGCUCAAGUCCGUCCGGCACAGAUCGAUCGACCAAAGAGCCGGCGGUGGCCGGAUUUUGGUCGCCUUAUUAGAGUUCCACCAGGCGCGCGUGGCUGACCACCCAAUUCAAUCUCCCUAACACAAAAUCGUUUUCUCUGAACCUGAACCCGCUCUGCUGCCUUUGGCGCCUGCAGUAUGUCUUUCUUUCUGUCUGUAAUCGUAUAUAGCGAGACGACGCGGUGCUGCUCGAUCUCCGUGGGAUGUGUCUGUAACUAUGUGGGUUAUUAACAUAGUAGCGACCUGCUGCUGACCUGCUGUCGACGGCUAAACAAAACCAGCAGUUUCAGACCUUGAAGAGUGCCAAUAUGCAGUGCAGUGCA